CGCUUUCAAUGGAGCUGAGCAGAAGCCGGCCACAAUACAGAGCAUUUAGGUUAUCUUAUAGGAGUCAAAUCAUUGUAAUUAGCCUACUGUAGUAUAUAACACUAGCAACCUUUAAAAAAAUAUAUAUAUAUUACCGACUCCUAAAUUGACAAACCCCCAUUGCUCAUCAACUCUCAUUUAAGGGAUCUGGAGUGGUUAUAUCCACAGUCGCCUGUACUCACCGAUCAUAAUGAAAGAUGCAAGCUGAUGUCCGAAAGGAGGUCAACAGAGUCGUGUAUUUAGACAUCGUCCAGCUACUGCGAAGUGCCGAAACCCUCUGAAAACCUUUGCACUGUUCCCCGGGUGAAGGAUGACCGAGUAUAAGUUGGUGGUGGUGGGCGCUGGUGGUGUGGGGAAGAGUGCACUCACCAUCCAGCUCAUCCAGAACCACUUUGUGGACGAAUACGACCCCACCAUAGAGGACUCGUACAGGAAGCAGGUGGUGAUUGACGGGGAGACAUGUCUGCUGGACAUCCUGGACACAGCAGGUCAGGAGGAGUACAGCGCCAUGAGAGACCAGUACAUGAGGACGGGGGAGGGCUUCCUCUGUGUCUUCGCCAUCAAUAACACCAAGUCCUUCGAGGACAUUCACCACUACAGAGAACAGAUUAAGAGAGUGAAGGAUUCUGAGGAUGUUCCCAUGGUGCUUGUGGGGAAUAAGUGUGACCUGCCGUCCCGUACAGUAGACACCAAGCAGGCUCAGGAUCUCGCACGCAGCUAUGGAAUCCCCUUCAUCGAAACGUCGGCAAAGACGAGACAGGGUGUCGAUGAUGCCUUUUAUACGUUAGUCCGGGAAAUCCGAAAGCACAAGGAGAAGAUGAGCAAGGAGGGCAAGAAGAAGAAAAAGAAGUCCAAGACGAAAUGUGUAUUAAUGUGAAUCAUGCCUCCAUUUCAGUAUCGACGUCGAACAGCUGAAAUUAAAGAACUGCAUUUUGUACAUUACACUAAAUUAUUAGCCCUAUUUUUUUCUUCAUUUUCUUUCUUACAAACGAAUAAGCUUUCCCCCCCCCUUGUCUAGUGCCAGUUGCUCCAGAGUGUUGGUCCUACAUUAACUUAUACUGUGGGAACCUCUGAUUUUAUUUUAUUGGUAGACUUUUCUCUAAAAUGUGUGUGUGUGUGGGCCUGAAUUUUCCAGAUGCACCUAGUUUCAAAGCUUUUAUUAACGAAAGAAUACAACUUUGUUUGGCUGAUGGGAAUUAAACUGUAACGUAUAACGGUAGCAAGGAAAUGUGGCAGUUUUCUACAUGUCCGUCUAAUGAUGGUUUUACAGACGGUCUUGUUCCUUAUCCCCCUUUUUAAAACUGUACUUUAAUGUAUCUUAGAACUGUUCAAUGAAAGCUGACGGGCUGUAUAAUGCAUAAAGGAAGAUAUCAGGUGCUAGAUAACACCCUAAUGUAGGACCAACACUGUUUGGGGCAAGUUUUGAUAUCUCCUCUACUGUGCAACUGAAGAUUUAAAGUACCUGUUUAGGGAUGUCACGUAUUUAUAUUGACCUGCAUGUAAAUUUCCAUUCUAGUCCAUUUACAAGUUCACUUCUAACCCUUUCAUGUGUAUGGUUGGUGAUCUCUUGGCCCUUUUUUUAAUUUGCAUGCCUUUUUUUUGCCGCAAGUUCCUAGGAAGCACAAAGAAACGUUAAAAUACCAUCUUACACGCUCCCUCUUACCAGCGGUUGCAUAUUUCCAUGUAGUGUGUCCUUAACAUGGAAACGUCAUGUUUUUCCACAGUGUUCUGGUUAAUUUGCGGAUCUGGUUUUCAUAUUGAUCUGAGACUGACAGUAAUGUCUGCAGCGAAGGGCAAAAGGGUAGAGUAAAAAUCAAUUGAAAUAAUUGGCAUCUUGGUCUUUCUAUUAAAGAUUGAGGUUAUAUCAUUUGUAAUGAAAUUUAAGACCUUUAGAGGCCUUAUAGUGUUCUUCACCUGGAAGUAGAGGUAAUUUCUGUUCUGUAAGGUAUUAAUAAGAUUUUCCCUCCCGUGCCCCGGCAAACAGCCAUUGUAUCGGUUCUUUUCUUUUCAUUCUGAGAAGGGUAAUUUAAGGGGAGAAAAUAUAGGCAACCAACCACUUGUAAUGAAUUAUGAAUAUCUGUCUACUGAUGCAAAUGUAAACGUAGGGGGAAGAAAGACAAACAGACCAACCAAAUGCCUUGUCUUAAAUUGCUGCCAGAGCAAUGUACACUGGCGUUAGGAAGAGGCACGGUUCUCAGCAGCUCUGUCUGCCUAUUGUUUCUGCCAUCAGCUGCGUGUUUGUUUGAGACUGAGCAGUAGUAUGGUGGAAUGGGUGAAGGGUCCAGUGUGGUGUGGCUUUUUCUAGAGUCUUUCCAGAAAUUAUUCUGCCCGACUGCCUUUCGUCGUUCAUUUGAUUCUGGACUGAUUCUAAUGUGAAAAAGAAUUGCAAUACUUACCUUACAAAUGAUGACAUUUCAUAGGGGACGAAACAAAACAAACGCGUCUUUUUUUUUUUGUUUGUUUCUUAAGUCUUUAAUCAUUGCUUCUUCUUUUUUUUUAAUGAUUAUUAUUAUACCCAUUGUGAGUGAAAUGCUCUGAUUUAUUGCUUGUGCUACAUCUUAAGGAGGAUGACAAACAAGAAUCAGGAUACUUGUUGUUAUGCAAUGUUAAUCCAGGUAAAGGGUAUUUUAAGAUGUUUUGUUACCAAUCUCCCUUUAAAAUAAGGUGACAAUAUCACUCUAAUCAAAUUAGCAGUAGAGUGUCUUUGGCAAUGUUUGAGCUCGCACUCUCUUUCUUCUCUUGUUUUGAGCGUGCCAAUAGCAGAAGUUCUUAAAUUGUUCACGUAUACCUGGAGUGUAUUUUAACAACCUUUGUACAGUUGUGAUACUGAAAGAUGUGUAUUUUGUAAAUUGUGCUUCACUUUGUUUGUUGAAAUGAUUUGUCACUUUAAUAGAGUUGAAAGAGGCACUCUCUGUGUAAGUGACUUGUGUGCUGUGCGUGUGUAAGUGAGAUCAUGUUUCUAAUCCCAUAAUGAAAUGUUAUGGAUCCCAAAUCAGUCUGUCCCCCUGUUGAUUAAGUUAACCCUUAUACUGUUUUUAGUGGUGAAGCAAUUAUAACCAAAUACAAAGUAA